GUUUAAAAAGCAACUUAAAAGUUAAACAAAAAAAGAGUCAGGUUAAGCAGCUUAGCGUGAAAUCAGAUACAGUUCUCAGUUUUGUUCUACCUUGUAAUGUGGUCAUUUAACCCUGGUAGUCUAUAAGAUGAUGGAAGUAAGUCAUUAAGCUCUGUAAUGAAAAAGAAGCUCAAAAUAUUUAGCUCUUUAAAAAAAAAAAAAAGCUUUACUUGGCUCGAUGCAAAAAUUCCCUCAGUGUUUUUCUCUUUCCCAUACAGCCAAAGGUCUGCUUUAUAAACUCAUUGACUCAUAUAGCCUACACGUCGAGGCGUAGGCUAUCUGUCAUUUUGUGCCAGUGGUCACAUGGCUUUGGCCCUCAGGAAUGGAUAGAGAUGGAUCCCCACGUCAGCUUGUACGUCUAAGGAUUUCUGCUCCAGCAGUCUGCCUCAAAGUGACUGGAGCGCAGCGCCGCGGAGGAACUAUGCGAGGAUUAUUAUAGGACGUUUCCAACAGCAGAAUAUGGAUUUUGAUGAGCGCAUCUCUGGCUCUAAUAUGUAUUUACCGAGCUGCACUUACUACGUCUCCGGAGCCGACUUUUCGGGUCUCCCUCAUUAUUUAACCCAGAGCCAGUCCUCUUGCCCCAUGACAUACCCCUAUCAGUCCUCAGCCCUGCCACAGGUCCCGUCCGUAAGAGAUGUGGCUUUCAGAGACUAUGGGAUUGAUACCUCCAGUAAAUGGCACCACAGCAGGGGGAGCCUAUCACACUGCUACACCGAGGACAUCGUGCACAGGGACGGCUGGACGAGCCCGACCUCACGCGGUGGGGAGAUCUUGGUGAAAGGCAGCUCCAGCGCCAGCCACUCCGGGUCCUCCAACCCGACGCACGGCUUCUAUGGCAGCGUUGGCAGGAACGGCGUCUUGCCACAGGCUUUCGACCAGUUCUUCGACACCGCUUACGGUAGCGCAGAAAACAGCACAACAACCCAGACAGCGCAAGCAGCAGAAGCGGACAGACAGGUCGCCAAAACAAGCCCCGCUCCGGCUCAUCCAGGCUCGGACACGGCGGAGAGCCUCAGCCCCAAAUCAUCCUCCGGCCACAGCGAGGAGAAGCAGAGCAAAAGCAGCAGUGGCCAGAGGACGCGCAAAAAGAGAUGUCCAUACUCAAAGUAUCAGAUCAGGGAACUGGAGAGAGAGUUCUUUUUCAGCGUUUACAUCAACAAAGAGAAGCGUCUGCAGCUCUCACGGAUGCUCAAUCUGACAGAUCGCCAGGUCAAAAUCUGGUUUCAGAACAGGAGGAUGAAGGAGAAGAAACUGAACAGAGACCGUUUACAGUACUACACCACAAACCCCCUGCUAUAAAAACUGAACAAAGACUGUCACUGGCAUGCGGCCAUACACGCCGUCAUCUAGACUACAAAUACAACUACAACUUAUCUGGACAGGAUGACGAGUUUUUUAAUG